GAGGAUAUUCAUUAGAACAAGACUUAAGAUUGUUAAUAAAUAAUCCAAGAUAUAGUGAUAUAGAAAUUUUGUGUGGUGAUGAAACGAAACUAUAUGGUUGUAGAGCAAUUUUGGCAGCAAGGUCCGAAGUAUUUGACAAAUUACUUUAUAAUGGAAUGAAAGAAAGUUAUGAAAAACAAAUUACUUUUCCGACAAUUAAUUCUUCUGGAAUGGAGAUUAUAUUGGAAUAUGCUUAUACAGGAUCAAUUAGAGAAGAAUCUUUAAUUAAAGAUAAUAUAAUUGAAGCUUUUUAUGCUGCAGACUAUUUUCAGUUACCGGAACUUCAAGAUUUUAUUAUGAUGAUUCUUAGAAAUAUAUUGAAAAAAAAUUACGCAGAAAAUUAUUCACCAGAAUUAUUAUCCAAAGCAGUAGAUUCAACGCCAUUAUCAGAGGAAAAUAUUCUUUUAAAUUUAUUGGUUGAAGCGGUAGCAACUAUUCCAUUAAAUACUAUUAAAUUUGGUCGGUUAUCUAUUACGGCGCUCGAGUAUCUUUUAUCUUGUACACAUGAAAAAGAAAGUUCUUUCGCAACUCCUGAAUAUGAAGUGUUUCGAUAUAGUGCUAUUUUAGCAGCAAAACAAGUUUCUAAUAGCGUAUUUAAAACUCUUAUGAAAAGGCUACCAACCUUGGAACAAAUAGAACAAAUGGAGAACCCGAUUGUUCAAGUAAAUAUUACCGAUCAACAAACAAUUCAAACAAUUGCUAAAGAAUUGGAACCUUUGGUUAAAUUCAUUGAUUUCAGACGAAUCAAAGGGCAACUACUAGUUGAUAUCAUUGAACCACUAAAAAUUGUUCCAAGUGAAAUAAUUUUAAAUAUUUAUCGUAAUAAUACAAAAUUUACCAAUUCAAAUUUAAAUUAUAUUCGAGGAAUACCACUACCAAUCGAUUCUGAUUAUAUUUGGGAUGAAUCAGCAUGUGGAUCAAAUCUUGUUAUUGAGGAUAAUGGAAGAGUUGUACGUAAUGAUUUUAAUACAUGUCAAAGCGUUAGAGCUAAAUUAGCAUUAGAAGAUAAAGGUAUUUUUGAGUGGGAUGUCGUCAUUGAGCGAGUAUGUGAAUAUGCUUGGGUUGGAGUAUGUGCAUCAGAAGAUUUUGAUUAUGAAAUAUUUGCAGGAGUUCAAUCUACUGGAUGGGUGAUAGGUUCAAGGGGUUACUGUCAUAAUUCUGGAAAUUGGGUAAAAAAUUAUUGCCCUAAAUUUGGAGAUGAUGCAAGAAUUACCGUUCAUUUGAAUAUGAAUAAAAGAACUUGCGCUUUUACAGUAAAUGGUGUCAAAUAUCCAGAAAUAGCGGAAUGGAAUAAUUUACCAUCAAAACUUCAUCCAGUAGUAUCGUUACGUUAUCCUGGUCGUUUCCGAAUUGAGCCCGCUCAUAACAAGAAUGAGAAAGGUUUUUGGAAAAGUUUAAUAAAUAGGUGGAAAUAAAUAUAACGAAAGAAUAAUUCGGAUUUUUCGACGUUUUUAUUGUAAAAUAUAGAAUAUAUUUUAGGAUAUUAGUGUCGUAAGUGAUUUGAAGACGCGAAAUAUCUUUGGUUUUUCUUCAAUUUUCAUUAUUAAUAAUAGAUGUUAUUUAUAGAGGUUUUAUAAAUGUAAAGUAUCAGG